AUGACUGCUACCCUUCAAUCACCUUUAUCAACCUUUAACGUCAAGCAAUGUGGUGAUUUUACGCCAUACGACGGGAGAUCAUUAGUUGAAUCCUCCGUCUAUACCGAAUCAUCUUACGCCUCAGAUCCUCGGCCAUCCAGGUUGUACCUUAAAUCUCCGUUCAAAAACGAUUCGCCGCCUCAAACUGCUAGGACAAGAGAGACCUCCGAGGCACUUGACAAAAUUUUACGAAACCAAGCUCAACAAUUUUCAGCGAUAUGUGAAGUUUGGCGGUCUAAGUUCGCUUCAAGUCCUUUCAUCCCGUCAAUUGAAAAGCCAAAGCUUCCCGUCACCCGGACUAGAGCCACCUCUAAUGCUCUGGAACGGAUUUUGGCCCGGCAAUCCGUUCAUUUGACAAAGUUAGGAGAAGCAUGGCGGAACAAAUUCUCUUCAAGUCCAUCAAAAUUGUCGGACAAAAAAGGGAGAAGUGAUGAUAUCAUUGAAACAAGCGAUCAAGAUGACGUGGAUUUUGGAAAGAUGGUAGAAGAUCGAUUUGUUCAAAGCCAUUAUGAAUUGGAACAGAGGGUGUUUAGAUGGAUGGACCAUUUUCCAGAAUCUUUUGAUUAUAGAGUUGAGGACAUUGAGUCUUUGGACUUUUAA